AUUAAUUUCUUGUUAACGACUUCUCUGUAAGCAAUUUUCACAAUGAAAGAGAAAAUGUUUCGUCCAGCUGAGAAUAGAUGGGUAUUUAAUGACGUUCGGUGGUGGUGUGUCCAGUGUGCGUACGCGCAGGAGUUUCUCUCUAGAAAGUCCCGCCAGCCAGUUGCGCUCAUUCAGCGCAUAUCUUGCAUACAAAUAAUAACAAACCAACCUUAAUCUAUCUGUAUUGACGUAACUUACCAACGUGUAGUCAUUUGAAUGGUAUCCCUUGAGUCGGCAACAAUAGGUAACAACACUGAACACAAGUUAAAUGAAAAUGAGAGUUACAAUUUUGUUUUUAAUUAUUUGUUAUGUGACUUCUGUGAUAAGUGGAGAGUCAUCAAAACAGAGAAUUUUAUACUUAGAUACUAUAAAAGAAGACAAUGCUAUGGAUGUCACUGAUUUCUCUGUUUAUUACGAUAUAGAGACAAACAAGACUAUAAAACGCAUGAUGCCCAGACCAUGGUACAAACCAGGCUGGUUAUUAAGACUACCUUUCCGAGGAGGCCCCUGCGAAUGCGAUGGCUUGCAAUGUAAAUGUUGCACUGGUGUUAGAAUACAAGCUUUCAACUUUGAUAGACGGACUUGCGCAAUAUUAACUUAUGAACCGGUGGAUUCAACACUUGAUUUGGAAGUAAUGAUGAACAAUGCGAGUGUUUUCAGGGAUUCCUUUUCAACGCGUAAUCCACCGCCCUUCUGCAUACCGAUACCGGUACCAUAUUUACCACCUGGAUUGGUCGACAUGUGUGUCAGACUGUUUGAUAUUUCUAUUGUAGAACAAAGGUUGCAUGUUUGCAUGGACAUGGACACAAGGAUUGAUAAGGCACCCGUUGUAAUUCUACAUUUUGAUUGUAUGGACAUGGGAGCCAGUGGCGUAGGGCUAUCAAAACCAAGCGGUGGUGGUACUCAGCCUAAUAUAUCCGAAGAUUCCUCUAGUGUGACCACACAAGAACCUACACAAAUAGAUAGUGAUGUAUAUGAUGUUGUUACUGAAAGUGUAGAGACAACAGAAAAAUCUACUUUUAAAAGCAUUAAAUAUAUUUGAAUCCCAUAAAAGUAAUUUAAA